AUGGCGAUCUCCUCAAAAAGCAGAAGGUACCCGUCUCCCUUUCCGCGGGCACUCGUCACUCUCUUCUUCGCGUUCCUCCUCUUCGCCAGGGCCGCUUCUCGGGUCCUACCGGAAGACUCAACCGGGGACCAAACCUGGAACCAAACCACGGUUAACCAAGCCGGGAAUAACCAAACCGGGAAUCAAACCAGGAUCAACCAGAUUGGAAGUGACCAAACCGGAAACCAAACCGCGGCCUCCAGCCGCCGGCGCCUUCUGCAAAGUAACAACUGGAGCCAACCGAGCAGCGGCCCGGUAGAUGUGAACCGGGCGUAUAAGGUGUUGGCAAAGUAUGUGACGGUGGACAUUGCGGGCAUUCUCCUCAGGAUGGCGUUCCACGACGCGGGCACGUAUGAUAAGAGCUCGGGCACGGGUGGCGCGAACGGGUCGCUCAAAUACGAGCUCAGCAGGGCCCUGAACGAGCCCAUCUCCUCACACUGGUCCGUCAUCGAGUCCAUCAAGGGCGGCCUCCCUAACGUCAGCUACGCUGACGUCAUCUUCCUAGCCGGUUUCUACGCCAUCCACAUCACCGGGGGACCCCUCGUCACGAGCGUCCGAACCGGACGCGUGGACGCGAGCGUCGCGGAUCCGGACAACCGGCUCCCGCUGAGCUCAUGGAACGCCGACCAGCUGACGUCACACUUCGGCGACGCGUACGGUUUCGGGUGCCAGGAGCUGGUCGCCCUCUCGGGGGCGCACAGCAUCGGGACGUCGAAAGUCACUCCGCCUCUGGGCCCUAUGGACGACACGUCGCGCGUCUUCGACGUGCGCUACUACCAGAAGCUCGUGAACGGCGGCGGGUCCUUCCCUUCGGACAAGGCCCUGUCCCAGAGCUCGGACACUAGCCCAUACGUCCGCACGUACGCCGGCGACCAGGAUGCGUGGUGGGCGGAGUUUGUCGACGCCCUCAAGAAGAUAGGCGACCUGGGUGCUACCUACGAAUCAUAG